AUGGCGUGGACCGACGACGACCCUGGCGGCGUGCGUGCCUUGCUCACGCAGCUACGUGCGCAGCAGGAUGCAGCAGCACCAGCCUCGUCCACGCCCACGGUCGAGCAUCGAUCCGCGCCGCAACGGCCAUGGGCCAAGUCAGCGCCGAAACGGCCAGCCUACCUUCGUCAUCUGGACGAAGCCGCGUCCGAUACCCCCUACGACCCGUGGAAGCCGCACCUGGAAACACACGGCGUGGCAAGCCAUGCCAUGCCAUCUGCCUCCGCCGCCACGUCGGCUUCGAUACCCCCCCAGGCUGCGCCGGCAUCCUUACGCACCAUGCCGUACGAACAAGCCGUCAAGCGCAUCCAGCAUCUGACACAGGACGAUGCUUUUGUUCGCGCCUACCGCCAGGCAACUGACACGAAGCUGUGCGACGCUCAAGACGUUUUGGAAGACCAAUUGGCCCGCGAACGCGCCGACAUUGUGGGCGCUCAUGGACCUAUCAGCGGUGGCCGCGCACAAGCGCAGCAGGCGCAAUGGGCAUGGGAUGCGCUCCAGCGCUGGGACGAUCAUGCUGCAGAGCAGCAGCGGCAAUUGGAGCAGCUGGGCGUGCCAUGCUUCUACGAAACGAACGACCCUAGCGUCCUCGCGCUGCAGCGUCGUCUUGGGCACGUCCUCCAGGCGUGUGUCGCGGCCCCCUCUCCACGCGUGCCGCGCGAGGUGUGA